UGGAAAGAGAGAGAGCGGGGCAGAGUGUGUGUAUGCGUUUCACACACAAAACCAGAUAUACAUAACUCAGCAGAAGAGGAACAGAGACCAAAAGCUGCUGACAAACACAUUAUAAUGAUACUUUGUAUUUUGUAUUUAAAAGCGUCUGGAUUAUCAAAUCACUGGAUUGUAAAGCAGAGGACGGAGCCUGGAGAUCAUGGAACCUGUGAGUCUGGUCUCAGCACUGGCUAACCAGACAGGGCACAACAACUCUACCCUGGACUCUGAUUGGUCAACGAGAUCUUCGGAGUACAGUGAUGCAGAGCUUGUGCUGCUGGGUGUUGCAAUGGCUAUUCUGGUUCUGGCCAUAGUUUUUGGUAACGUGCUGGUGAUUACAGCCAUCCUGCGGUUCCCGCGGCUCCAGACAGUCACCAACCUCUUCAUUGCCUCACUGGCUAUUGCUGACCUUAUCAUGGGUUUGGUUGUGGUCCCCUUUGGUUCCAGCUACAUCAUGCUGGGAGCCUGGCAGUUUGGAAACUUCAUGUGUGAAUUCUGGACAGCAACUGACGUGCUGUGUGUGACGGCUAGUAUCGAAACCCUGUGUGUGAUUGCUCUGGACCGCUACCUUGCCAUCACCUCUCCGCUCCGCUACCCAACACUACUCACCAGAGGCCGGGCCUUUGCGGUGGUCCUCGGGGUUUGGGCAGUGGCCUCCCUCAUCUCCUUCCUGCCCAUCCAUCUGAAAUUGUGGGUGUCAGAUAAUGCGGAGACUCUUCGGUGCUUGGCCGACGAAUACUGCUGUGAUUUCAACACCAACGCAGCGUACGCUGUGUCUUCCUCAAUUGUCUCAUUCUACUUGCCACUGGUGGUGAUGAUUUUCCUGUACACCCGCGUCUUCCAGGAGGCUCAGAAACAGCUGGAGAAGAUCAGAGGGAGGGAGAGACACUUCUAUAACUUGCAUUACACUGCACAGCUGACUGAUCCCGAUGAUGCAAUGAACAAACACAGGGCAGGAACUGAGGCAGGGGAGGACAGACUAAACAUGCAGAAAACAGGAAGAAUAGACACUGGUAAGGAGGAAAGGUUAGGAGAGAGCAAAGCAAGGACAGAAAAAGGAGAAGGAAAAUACUCUGCCACAAAGCGUCUUAAGUUCUGUCUUAAGGAGCACAAGGCUGUGAAAACUCUGGGGAUUAUCAUGGGAACCUUCACAUUGUGUUGGCUUCCCUUCUUCAUCCUCAACAUCCUCAUGACCUUCCUCAACUUGGGCAACAUUAAGCUGCUCUUCAGACUCCUCAACUGGCUAGGGUACUCCAACUCAGCCUUCAACCCACUCAUCUACUGCCGCAGCCCCGACUUCAGGCAUGCCUUUCAGGAGAUACUCUGUUUGAGGGGCAAAGGGGGGCGCUGCAGAGGUAGGAGAGGAUUGGGAUGGUGCAGGGAGAGAGAUUGUUACUCCAAGCCUCCAGGUAGGACGAAUGGGAACUCAGACCUGCAUGCUGUUAGGGGGCUGGACGUUCAGCAGAGGUCAGGGUGGAAGGGCAGUUUGGCAAUUCGAGACAACUCACUAACUCCUUCAAAGUCUUGCUGUGAGCAGGUUUUAGAAGUAGCUCCUGGUUCCCCAACAAACUGGCAGGCUAACAGUUCUGCUAAUGAGAGCUGCAAGGACAGUAUGGCUUCUAUUGCUUGACCAAUUAGGAUAUUAGACUUCACAUUCUGUGUGCAUAGCUGUGCAGUAAACAGCAGUUUGAUGAAGCUCAAAACAUUUGUUUUUUGUGGAGAUUGACUCCAGGCUGUAGCUUAUAGUGUCGUUAACUAAUAUUCCAUUAGGUGUGUUUUGGUCAAUGUUACUGAGGUUUUACUUGUGAUCACCUCUAUGCUGCUGCAGCUUUCCUAAUAACAAUGUAAAUCACAAAGGCAGCUACAUAAGUAAACCAUGUUCAGCAGUGAGCUUUGAAAGAGGGCCGACUUAAACCUCUAAUUGAAAUUUUAAGGCAUCAUAAUGUCACUUUUUGAGAAAUGAGGAAUGAGGCGGAUUUACAACAACACAAUGCAAAAGUCGCUGCCUCAAAAAUAAUGAUAAUCAAACAACAGACACAGAAAAACCGCUUUAAUAAAAUGAAACCAAACAUUAUGAUCUUCACCAAACUGGUCCUUACAACAGAGCUCAGGUCAUUGGAAGAUGUUUCUGUUAUUCUGUCCACCCCGCUGAUUAUACCAACUGGAUAACAGAAAGGUGAUGUUAUAAUGUACUGCAUAUGAUGCUACUGAGAUACAUGACAAAAAGAAGUUAAUCAUUAAAGGACAUUACUGCUA